AUGGUGUCUACACAUAAUAGAGAGAAGCCUUGGGAUACCGAUGAUAUUGAUAAGUGGAAGAUAGAGGAGUUUAAAGAGGAAGAUAAUGGUUCAGGUCAACCCUUUGCUGAAGAGUCCAGUUUUAUGACCUUAUUUCCUAAGUACAGAGAGGGCUACUUGAAAACCAUUUGGAAUGACGUGACGAGGGCUUUGGACAAGCACAACAUAGCGUGUGUACUAGAUUUAGUCGAAGGUUCCAUGACUGUAAAGACCACCAGAAAGACAUACGAUCCCGCGAUUAUCCUAAAAGCAAGAGACUUGAUCAAACUACUAGCCAGAUCUGUUCCCUUCCCACAGGCUGUCAAGAUCUUACAAGAUGAUAUGGCGUGUGACGUUAUCAAAAUUGGCAAUUUUGUUACCAACAAGGAAAGAUUCGUCAAAAGAAGGCAGCGUCUUGUAGGUCCAAACGGUAACACGCUAAAGGCUUUAGAACUUCUAACCAAAUGCUAUAUUCUGGUACAAGGUAACACGGUAAGUGCUAUGGGUCCAUUCAAAGGCUUAAAAGAAGUCCGUCGAGUCGUGGAAGACUGUAUGAAAAACAUUCACCCAAUCUAUCAUAUCAAAGAACUAAUGAUUAAAAGAGAGUUGGCGAAAAGACCGGAACUGGCUAAUGAAGAUUGGUCAAGAUUCUUGCCCAUGUUUAAAAAGAGAAACGUCGCCAGAAAGAAGCCAAAGAAGAUCAGAAAUGUCGAAAAGAAAGUCUACACCCCAUUCCCACCUGCUCAAUUGCCUAGAAAGGUUGAUUUGGAAAUUGAAAGCGGUGAGUAUUUCUUAAGCAAGAGAGAUAAGCAAGUGAAGAAAUUAAACGAACAAAAGGAAAAACAAAUGGAAAGAGAGCUCGAAAGGCAGGAAGAAAGAGCUAAGGAUUUCACUGCUCCGGAGGAGGAAUCAUACAAGCCAAGCAAAAAUUGA